CCAGCAGUCAAAAGUGCUGAGGCUCAGUCGCGUUAUCUUACCAGAAUUGAUCACUGGAACAACGAGAAGGAGCGUCUCGUUCUCAUCACGGACUGGUCCCUCCUCAUCUGCAAGUACAACUUCAUCAGCCUGCAGUGCCAGCACGUGACGAGGGUCGCCCUCCCUGCAGUGGAUACCAUCUCUGUGGGAGAGUUUGAGUUCCCACCUACGUCUCUGAACAAGCGAGAAGGCGUCGGGAUUCGAAUUCAGUGGGACAAGCAAAGUCGUGCCUCCUUCAUAAACAGAUGGAACCCCUGGUCCACCAACAUCCCGUACGUCACCUUCACCCAACACCCCAUGGCAGAUGCUGAUGAGAAGAUUGCAUCCCUUUGCCUAUUGGAAAACUUUGAGACUCAGCUAAUUCAAGCCGUGAAGAAAGCCCAGAAGGAGCGUCCGUUGCCAGGGAGGGCUAACGGCGUGCUAGUGCUGGAGCGUCCUCUUCUGAUCGAGACCUACCUGGGGUUGGUGUCCUUCAUCAACAACGAGGCCAAACUUGGCUACUCCAUGACAAGAGGCAAAAUUGGAUUUUAA